AUGGACCAUCCACCAACGCUUUCACCUACUGGACUUUUAGCCGCCAUCAUCCACCUCAAUUACGACUACAUUUUUUUGCCUUUCAAGCAAGCUGGACCAAGAAGAUCUUUCAAAUCUUUCACCACAGCCGUUAUCUGCCCGCUUCCCCUCUUGGUCACCCCCCAAUGGUUGUCAUCAGUCGUUACUCGCAACAACUAUCUAUACUUUCCAUUUGUGGCCGGUACAUUCAACGUAUCAUCUUCAAACCCACUUCAUAAUUUUCUUUCACUUUCAACACCGCUUCUCGGUUCCUAUCUGAUUAUUACUCAAGAGCAACUCAUCAAAGUCGAAUAUCGUUCUUACUCAACCUCCAUUCAUUGUACUGGCUUCAAUCGCGUGCAAGAUUUAGCCUACGACAUACGUGUCACAGGUUUCAGUACCCCAUCUUUCAAGAUUGAGCCAGGUACUGUAUGCUUGCUGCGGGGUGCUUUCUUUCCCACCAACACCAAUGAAACGCACAAGGACGAACUGUUUUUUGAAGCUUCUGACCGGCUCAUUCUUGGCCCUGCUGAUGAUUUCUCUGUCGAUUUGGACAACUCCAUCGGUUUCACUGGUAUUGGCAGAGUCAUUUCUGUCGAUUUCAAAGUUGAAGAAUGUAUGCAAUACCUUAAGUCUAAACCUACUGAUCCCGACAAAGUCACCCUGAUCGUGAUUGUUCAACAUUGUGAUUUUCACCCUCAAACCAAGAAACCCAGAUCAAUGACGAUUGAGUAUUGCAUCCCCCCAUUCAAACAUCUUGGGGGAUCACCACAAAUUGUUAAAGAAGGCCGCGAAUGUCAAUUCCACGGUUACGUGAAGGAUUUCAAUGAAAUCACCUUCCGCUACGUUGUCAUCGUAAACAAAGUUUCUCCUACAUCUGGUCAUUUGGAGUUGACUCCUAAUCGCAGCUCUGGCCAAGCUAGCAAGCAGGCCAAUUCCGCUGGACGCUCUAAGGCAAAGUUUUCGUCCCGUGCUCCAAGCACCCCUUUCAAGUCCCCCAUGACGCCAUCCGAAUCAAGUCCCAACUUGCCAUUUGGUCCUUCGGACACUACCCCGUCAUCCAUGGCAUCCACCUCUGGAACUUUGGUGGGCAGCCAACUACCCGAUCCACCAGCUACUCAACCUCCCAAGAAAAGAGCUCGCGCUCCACCCAAAAGAAAGGCGACAAAGGAAGUUGUCAUUCCCAACUCAGACGAAUUUUAA